AUGAAGCUCUCAGCCCCAGUGGCCGUCGGGGUGCUGCUGGCCCUGGCCCUGCUGGCACUCAUCCACCUGCCCCCACCACCGGACCACUCUCCACUCCCACUGCCAGCCUCAUCCCCCCUAGGUCCCCCAUGGGAGGUGGCUGACCCGCUAUCUGGAGGACAAGCCCACAGAGAAAGGCUCCCUGUACCCCUCACUCGCUCACGGCGGGACCAGCCCCCUGGCCGGGGCAGGAGGCGGCGCCGGGGUGUGGAGAGGGAAACUCCCCUGUGGCUCUCUGAGGAUGACCUCCAGAAGAUGCAGCUGCUGGCCAGUGGGCAGGUGGUCUCCAAGACCCGCAUACCUGCCCAUGGGCAAGUCAUGCGAGUGGGGCUGCAGGUCGUGGGGGAUGCCAAAGGGAAUGUCUUGCCAGCCAGCCCAGAGAGGGACUGCCAGGAUGGGCACUGUGGGCUCAUCAAGCGCCCCGGGGACCUCUAUGAGGUGCUGGCCUUCCACCUGGACAGGGUGCUGGGGCUGAACCGCAGCCUGCCCGCUGUGGCCCGGCGCUUCACCAGCCACCUCCUGCCCUACAGCUACACCGAUGGCUCCCUGCGCCCCAUCAUCUGGUGGGCUCCUGACCUCCAGCACCUGGAGGAUGCCAACAACGACCAGAACUCCUGUGCCUUGGGGUGGCUGCAGUAUCAGGAUAUGCUGCAGCCCCACAGAGUGACACUGGUGGCUGGGGAUGCCCCCUGCUCCAGAAUCCCACACGGCGAGUGGAGCCGCCUGGCCCUCUUCGACUUUCUUCUCCAGGUUCAUGACCGCCUGGACCGCUACUGCUGUGGGUUUCAGCCUGAUCCCUCUGAGCCCUGCAUGGAGGAGAUGCUCCACGAGAAGUGCCGGAACCCAGAAGAGCUGGUCCUGGUCCACAUCCUGGUCCGGAGGAGUGCGCCAUCUCGCCUGGUGUUCAUUGACAAUGCAGGCAGGCCACAGCACCCUGAGGAGAAGCUCAACUUCAGGCUCCUUCAAGGCAUAGACAGCUUUCCAGCAGCGGCAGUGGCCAUGCUGCGAUCAGGCAGACUGCAGAGCCUGCUGCUGGAGUCACUGCGUGUGGACCGGGAGCUCUGGGAGAGCCAGGGCGGUGCCAAGGGCCUGAUACCCCUGCUUCAGACCAUUGACAGGCGGGCACAGAUCCUGCUCAGGUACAUCCAAGAGCACAACCUGACAGUGUUUGAGGACUUGCCAUGUUGAACUGACCUCCAGUCAGCACAGAGUUCCUGCCUGGCAAAUCUCAACAGCAACAGAUGUACCUCACGCCCGCAGCAGGGGUGAUAUGAGACUGCUUGGCUCUCCACAAGGUGUUUCCCCCCACCUUGUAGAAUGAUCUGGAGAAGCAGAUGGGAUCACAGGGAGCAGGAAAGACAAGGAGGAGAUGUCUCCUGAGACAACCCACAACUGCUUGAGAAAGGCAACAGUCAUCAAGUCAUGGUCUCAGCAUGGAUUUCCAAAGGAGGGGCAUAUCCAUGAGAUUUUUGGGUGCCUUCACACAUACACACACACACGCAUGCAUGCACACACACACAAACAUACACACACAGCUGCUAUGAAAACUGGAGGCUCGGACAAUUGAACAUGGACUCUAGUAAGGGUUAAAAAGCAGUGGAAGAAGUCACUGACAGCCUUUCCAUGCUUGUACUGGACUUUUUGAUGAUGCUUUCCAAAACAUCCCAGUCGGAGUUCACCAGAGGUGAACUUUCUAAGUGGAUUAAGCAGGGACAAGAUGCUAGAGCUGAGCUCUGUCUGGCACUCCCACGGAGGGGAUCAUGUGUGCUUGGGAGCACGUGUAAGCCACUGCUUGAAGCCGGGGCUAGGCAGGACCCAGGACUGCAGGAGCACUGGGCAGCAGCUGCCUUCACAUAGCCCAUGGUACCAUCCCUGGCGAGCACCAUGUGCCGUGUGCCACGUGCCUUGUGCCAUGCGCCAUGCCUCAGCAGGCCUGGGCUGCUGCCAGGGCACAUUCUUGAUUUGAAGAUUCAAAUCUCUUGCUCACUCUUUCCCUUUGCCAUCAGGGGAUUAAAAGGCAAAACUACCAUGGUUUUGUUUAGCACUCCUGACUGCUCCCUUGGGCACGGCUGUGCGGAGCUCUUUCCAAGGCUUGCUUGUUUUAACAAAAAUGCCAGGCUAUUUCAGCAGAAAGCAAUCAAGUGCAAAACUCUUUCUGAGCAUGCUGGCACCUCCGGCAGAGCCCAUCCUGCUCCUGUCAUCCCAGCAGCCCACUGUGAUGAGGCACAGCAGCAUCCCAGCCAGGAAGGUCUUCAAGUGUCAGGGCUGACAGAUAACCCAAAAGCAAAAAGAAUAGGAGGAAAAAAGAUAGAGGGAUGGGCUCUAUCAUUCCCUGCAGUGUGUUUCCCAGCUGAGGCAUGCAGUCAGUGUUUGCUUGCCAGGAGCUGCCAGUUCCUGGCCUGUGGACCAAAGGUUUGCCACCAGGACAAGGCUUUUUAAAGGUGCCUCAGGGAGCAGCCCUCCAUUUUUCCAGCCCUACAGGUAGAGGCUCCAUGCUUGAGGCACCUCAAAUCACUUGUGCCUUUGGGAAGCCUCAGUGAGACUGGUGUGGGCACCCAUGCAGAGCUGCUGUCCCAUUGCCAUAGCUUUGGAGAACAUGGCCACCCAUGUAGCAGGGGAAGAAAAGGCAGGUAUUGAUACCUUCCCCACCCCAUGCCUCUUAACAUCAUGUCAGUUUGAGAGCCUGCAAGGGGAUGCUUUAACAACCAUGCUGAUAAGCACAAGCAAUUACCUUUUUUCCCCUUUUUCCUCUUGCUGAAGAGAAGAUGAAGUGAGGUGUGGGUGACAUGAAUCAACAAGCACAAGUGCUCUCAGGAAGUGUCAGCACUCAGCAUUGCAGGCACAUCAGCAUCCAAAGUGCCAUCAGCAUCUUCCUGGAGUCCUGCCCUCCAAUUAGCCAGGGAAAGCCUUUCCCCCAGCACUCUCUCUCCACCCCAUGAGUUAUCAUCCCAUUUGCCAUGCCAUGGGGUGGAUGACUGUCACGGAAGCCCUGCUAAAGCCUGAAUUGUGGGGAUUUAUUAUUAGUAGAUGAGCUCAGCUUGCAAGCAUGGAGGAGAGUGAAAUAAUUCAACCUGGUUCCUACGAAAAGCCAUGCCCAGGCAUGGCUAUAUAAGUGUAAAGGAUACUCAAUGUAACAUAAUUAAAUCCAAAAAAUGUGCUGUGAAAAGCUGCGAGGUAAAAAGAGAGUUAGGGUGUGCAGCAUUAGUCAUAGACUUGUUUUUUCUCAUUAAAAUGAGAAAUUUCAUUAAAAGAUAGGUUUUCAUCCCAUGUAAUCCAUGUUCUCAGUGAGAACUGAGAGGCAGGUGGGGCUCUGUGCAGUGGCCAAAACUUGUGGACUUUGCUGUGCUGGAACAGCAGCUUUUGCCUUGCUCUUGGUUGCAUCUUCUCAACCUUAACAUUGCACAGGGUAGUGGGGAUUUUUCUGGGGUUUUUUUUGCAUUUCCUUAGUUGUAAUGUGAGUUUGUACAUAUACGGGUACAUCUGUAAG